CCACUAGCCCUCAUUCUUUUGUCCCGGGCCGGGACCCUCUAUUCUCUAUGAGCAGUGAUUGGAGGGAAGUUGAAUGGACGGGCCUCCCUUUUUUGUCGGUUUUUCUGUGGCUCUGUCAUUAAGCACCGUUAUUCUCAAUUCAUUGGUAUUCAGAUCGAGUGCUUCUCAACGCCGCAGCGUCGCCUCGGUUUAGAGGCUUUCAGUGGACGACGCGCACCGGCUCUGCAUGGAAAGGAUAUUGCUGAACUAAAAUACAAGAGAGAAAGAAAGGUUACCGGCUUUUGUCGAGACUGUAUAGUGUAUCGCAUUAAGUGGAAUUGCACAGCAAAAUAUAAUUCAGGAGAAGAGAGAGAGAGAGAGAGAUCGGGGUUGCAAAAACGGAAUGCAUCUUGAGAAAAAAAAUUAUAAAUGAGUCUUUGUUUUAAUGAAGAUACAAUCUAAUCACUAAAGAAACGCGGAAAAGCGUUUGUGUUAUGAUGACGGUUUUAUAGUUUUGUAAGAAUCAUAAACAACUACAAAAUCUUUAAUAAUAAUAAUAAUAAUAAUAAUAAUAAUAAUAAUAAUGUAAAAAGGUGGCGAUAGAAGUUUAAUGUUUAAAAGAAAAACGCGACGUUUUAACAAAAAUAGAAAACGUUUAAAAAAGAUAGGAGACCAUUUCUUUUUAAACAAUGAAUAAAACAACUUGUUACUGACUAUGGGCUUGAAGAUUGUAUCAACCAAAUGUGUGUGUGUUUGUGUGUUUAAAUACAGGUAAAGCGGGUAUAAGAUUAUACGAUCUAAACGCGCUGUAUCGUUUAAAGUAAUUCAGAUCAUUUACACAUCGACUAGAGUCUGCGCUAUUAACACAACAACUAAACACAUUUCAAACAUUUGUAUAAUAAUAAUAAUAAUAAUAAUAAUAAUAAUAAUAAUUAUAAAGGAUUGCAUUAGUUUAACCCCGUUCUGAACAAGCAUAGCUAAACGUUCUUUUUUAAAAAAAACAUUUUGUUAUCGUAAAAAGAAGACUGCAAGUGGCAUUAAGGUCCUCCGGGUUAAAUCUGCACAAAAUCAACCAUCCGCGGAAUCGCAGCUGCCAUGUCCCGAUCUGAUGAAGUAAACAAAAUGACAGAAAAUGUGUACAAGGUAAUUCUUGAGCAGUUCAACCCUGGUCUAAAGAAUUUCGUCAUUAUGGGAAAAAAUUAUGAGAAAGCCUUAACUGGGGUCUCUCUGGCUGCUAAAGGAUAUUUUGAUGCUCUGGUGAAGCUGGGAGAGCUGGCGAGUGACAGUCAGGGAUCCAAAGAGUUGGGGGACACGCUGUUUCAAAUGGCCGAAGUUCACCGACAGAUUCAAGUGCAGCUGGAAGAAGUGUUGAAGCUUUUCCACUCGGAGCUGCUUUCCCAGCUGGAACAGAAACUUGAGCUGGAUCUGAAAUACCUGACGGCCACUCUGAAGAAGUACCAGGGAGAGAGGAGAUCAAAAUCAGACUCCAUUGAGCGCUGUCAGUCCGAGCUCAAGAAAUUGAGGAGGAAGAGCCAGGGGAGCAGGCACCCCCAAAAAUACGGGGACCGAGAGAUGCAGUUCGUGGAGCUGAUGAGUCGACGGCAGGGGGAGUUGGAUCAGCUGGUUGCCGCGGGUUACCGCUCAGCGCUCACGGAAGAGAGGCGCCGCUAUUGCUUCCUGGUGGACCGUCAGUGUGCCGUCACCAAACACUUCAACAUGUACCACAGCAAGGUGAGGGAGCUGCUGUCUCAGAAGCUGUCUUGCUGGCAGGCGUCCUGCUCCCAGCCCACCAGACUGCCAGAGAGAGCGUUGAACCUAGUGCGGCAGACUGCAGCCGGCUCCGGGAAUGCUGGGAUCGCCGAGGUCCUCCGAACUGCUAAACUGGGAAACGCAGCAGCUCUGGAACUGGGAGGAAGUCAUAGGCUCUCUGUACAGGAAGUCCCGCCCCUCCCAAACGGCGCCGCCCACCGCAACCGAGGAAGAGACACGCCCGCUAACAACGAGCCAUCCCAGAAUUCCUCCGCCGCCGGCUCUCGUUCCCAGACACCUGUCUCCCAUCAUGGACCCCUUCUCUCGAGUUUUCCCAACCCCCACAGUCCGCCUCUUUCCCUAACCCCAAACACCACGGUUACCCACAAUGCACCAUCCUCAUCUCAUAAUAUUUCCCACAAUGCAACCUCGCAUCAAUCGGUUACCCAUAACCCCCCUCUUUCCAGACCACAGAGUCCUCCACUAUCCCACAACCCUCCCCUCUCACACUCCCACACCCCUCUAGACUGUCAGAUUCUGGUAGAAGAAAGGGAGAGUUGUCCCCCUUCCCAUGAGCCCCUUCUCACUCAGCACCUCCCUCCUCCAGUGUCCCACAAUCCCCCUCUGCUCAAGGCCAGCGACAUCUAUGCCACUAGCACCCUACCACUGUCGCGGAAACAAGGACUCGAGGCUAGACUGCAUUUCCUGGGAGGGACACUGCCCCGUGUCUCUCCCUCCCCUCCUCCUCAGGUCCUCGCUCUCUUCCCUCACUCUCCUCAAGGGGGCGGGCUGACAGAGGCAGUGGGCGGGGCCUCGUUACUUCACUUCCUACCCGGAGACAAGGUCGCCCUGCUCGUCUCGGAGCCGAGGGACGGCUGGCACUAUGGAGAGAACGAGAGAACUGGCAGGAAAGGCUGGUUCCCUUUGUCAUACACUCAGCCUGUUCAGAAUUCCCCCGGCAUUCCAAACCCAAGCCCCCCUCCUCCUGUCUCGAAGCUGAGUGGCAGCGUUGGGAACCUUGACAAGAUUGGCACCGGAGGAUCGAACCACGUGAGCGGGGAGGAGGGCGAGGACCAGUACACACCCCCUCCCAGAGUUAGUACCUUCCGACCCAGGCCCUACAGCAUGAUGAACCCAGACAUCUCACAGCUAGUUGCCGAUUUUGGAGCACCAACAUCCUCCCCAAACAGAAACCCGUUUGCUCAUGUGCGUCUCAGAAGGACGGUCACUAAUGAUCGCUCUGCACCCCUCAUCCAAUGAGACGCUCCCUGUGCCAGGAUCCACCAAUCACAACACGGGCACGACCAUGUUGUUUUUUUCUGUGUUCUGUUGGGGUUGGGAUAAAUGUUGCCCGUGUUCUAAGUUGGGGAAACUGGUGUUGGGGGGUUUAAUUAGUAGGUAGUGCUGAUUUUUUUUAUAGUUACUUGGUAUCACAAAGUGAAGACUGGGCGCAAACCUGCGAGCGUUUUUACCCACAAUGCAAAUCUUUGCCUUAUGGAAUACAAUGAUCAGAAGUGGUCUCUGUUUGCCACCGGGGUAUCGUGUUUCCACUCUUCCCGCCCCGUUAUCUGUGUUAACUGCACAGGAGGGUUAUAACCCUGCAAGACUUGCCAGAGUUUCAGAUGAAUUCUUGGUUUUGUAUGGAUGUUGCUGGAAGGAUUGUGCAAGUGGAAAAGAAGGAUUGAAGGGUGAUGCAUUUUCUAGAGUGUGUUGGUGUGGGAGAUUUUCUGGGAGGGGUAGAAAGAGGAGAAUGGGGGUUAGGACGAGAAUGUGAUGAGAGAAGGGGGAUGUGAGAGAAGGAAGCAGCGCAAAGUGACCACAGACAGGAGGAGGGGUGGGGGGGUGGGUGCGGAGCGGAACGUUUGAGAAGCACUGUUCUAGAACUCUGUAAAGAGCACUUGUUGAUCAAGCUGAGCUGGGUUCAAAGCUCAAGGAAGUUUCUUACUUAUUGCUCUGGGCAUGAAUUAAAAUAAGAUUCCAUUAACUAACUAACUUUGCCAAAAAAACAAGCAAAAAAAAAUUAAAAUAGUAUUUGAAAAUACUGUAUUAAAAUAAAAUACCUUUUUUUUUUAAAUAAAUAUAUUUUAUGUUUUUUUGUUAGGAAUAGAGAAAUCAAAUGCUCACUAAACCUGAAAUGAAUAGAUUGUAUUUGCCCAGCUGUGAAAUCCAGAAAUAUUGAAAUGCUAACUGUAUCUUUCUAUUACUUUUAGCUGGAGCUGUCAUUUCUAUUCAAACAGGUGUAUUGCUAACUGUGUAUUUGAAUAACUGGUUCAGAAAUUUAGAUUUAUUUUUGAUUGAUUUUCAUUAUUUUUUUAACCGUACUGGUCUUCACAUUUCAUCCACGUUCAUUUCUUCUCACACAGAACAUAUUUACUUAAUUGGGCAGAUGUUUUUGUAGUGUGUUAAAAUGCUUGAGUUGAGUUGAGUUGUGCUAUGUGGUGUUGAGUUGAGUUGAGUUGAGUUGAG